AUGGAAUUCAAAAAACAGGAAAUUCGGUUCCGCCAGAACGGUGAGCAGACAGAAUCGCGACUGUUCCAGCCGUCGUCGCUGAAACGGAAGAACCUGAAGCACCUGACGCUUGGGGCACGUUCAGAUCUGGUGGAAAUGCUGCAUGUGCCCGUCGCUAACCGGGUUGUCAGCUCAGCAACAUCGCCAGGUGCGCUGCUGCAACAGCCAAGCCCAAGCACAUCGGAACUGUCGUCCGCAGGAGUCACUCCCACGGACGAGGUCGUUACAGAGCUGGGUGCAGACUUCGACAACCUCUCGCUGUUCAAAGACAGCACCAUAGAGCUGCAAGACCUCGUGCAGCUGGGCAAAAUCGGGUCCGGAAACUCCGGAACAGUGCUCAAAACGCUGCAUGUGCCCGACUCACGCAUCAUAGCCAAAAAGUCCAUUCCCGUGGAAAACAAACCGCUCAUCAAAAGCCAGCUGAUACGCGAACUCUCCAUCAUGCAGAACGUAAAGCCACACGAGAACAUCGUCGGUUUCUUUGGUGCUUUCUACACGGCCUCCACGACCAACGAAAUAGUCAUUUUGAUGGAGUACAUGGACUGUGGGUCUCUGGAUAAAAUUAUGUCCACUUAUAAGUCGUUUGUGACGCGAGGGUCGCCGGAAGCGACUGAAAACUGGUUUUCUGAGCUGGUAUUGACGAAGAUCUCGUUUGCCGUUCUUAAUGGACUGUUGUACCUGUACCGCGACUACAAAAUCAUCCAUCGCGACAUAAAACCGUCCAACGUUCUGAUCAAUAGCAAAGGGUGCGUCAAAAUAUGCGAUUUCGGUGUUUCCAAAAAACUGAUCAAUUCCAUUGCCGAUACUUUCGUCGGAACUUCCACUUAUAUGUCGCCAGAACGUAUCCAGGGAAGUGUUUACACAACGAAAGGCGACGUGUGGUCGUUGGGGCUGAUGAUCGUGGAGCUUGUCACUGGUGAGUUCCCUCUAGGCGGCCAUUCUGACACUCCAGAGGGAAUUCUCGAUCUAUUACAACGAAUUGUCAACGAACCUCCUCCUAGGCUGCCGCAGAGCCCGCAACAUUCUCGCGAAAUGGUCGAUUUUGUGAACAGGUGCUGCGUCAAAGAUGAACGAGAAAGGUCAUCGCUACAAGAACUACUUUGUCACGACUUCAUUCAAAAAGGACAGUCCCACGGUGUUCGGGAAUUCAGACACUGGUGCAAACGCAUCAAAAAGAGAUUAAAGGAGGACAAGAUGUUACAACGCGAGGAAAAUGAGCGCGCAAAACUGGUCAAGCGCCAGCUGGAAAGCGCCGCUAGUGCGGCCACGGCGGCCAGGAGUCGUUGA